GCUGUCUCGUGCAUCACUCGUGACUCCCUCUCUGCAGUCAACCUUCAGAUUCACGAUUGUCAGUGAUCGCCUCACGCCUUCGUCUCAAGACUACUUUCAUUCUUUGAGACGGCUAUCCAGAUCUGUAUAGCUUCAAGCCUGCGGGCUUACAAUUCGAUUAUCCACGACGUUCGAUUGGCUGCGAGCAAAGCGACGCAUGUGCGUUCGGCACUUUUCAUGCGACACAGCCGUGACACUCUUGACUUGCUCCGUGCAGCAAUCUGACAAAUUGUGACUCGAUCGAUCGAAGAGCAAAGUCGAGUCACCGGCUUCGAGGAGAGCUUUCGGCGUACGCCAUGUCGGGCAUCAACGCCUCCGCAGCAGAGUCGGAUGCGAUACUCCCGAGCGCUGUCGAGUCUGGUACAGAUGAUGCUCCUGCUCCUGCUCCAGCUCCAUCAUCCUCAGCAACGACAGAUCCCGAAACUUCAUUGGAGGCCUUGCGCAACCUCGCCGUCUCGCCCACUUCCUCACUCGCACACGUCCCAGUCAGCAUGUCCGCCGGUGCAGAUCCUUGGGCUGACCCCACACCCCAGCUCGACCCUCGCUCUCUCUCCGCGUCGGACAAGGCCAGCAAUACCAGCAGCAGCAGCCAAGCAGGCAAUGCUGAGCAUUCGGCUGCACGGAACACCUCGAGCGUGUCUAGCAGCAACCCGUGGGCCACUGGUGAAUCGGAGAAUGCGGCGGGACCGGCUCCUUCGGCUCACAAACUUGCGAGUCAAGAAGAGUAUGGACUGCCAAGGCUCGGUCAUGACGCUGCUCGCUAUUGGAAUUUCAAAAAAGGCUUUACCAACCUCAACAAUGGCUCGUACGGGGCAUGCCCAAUCCCCGUCCUCGAAGCAUGGAGAGCGCUGUCGGACAAAGCAGAAGAGAACCCCGAUCUCUUUCUGCUAAGGACUCGGGAUGAACUGUUGCAAAGCGCCUUGUCACGCUUGUCCAAGAUGCUCAAUUGCCCAACGUCGACACUUGCGCUGAUUCCGAAUGCGACAACGGCCUCUAACGCAGUGCUGAGAGAUCUGUACUUUCAGGAUGGGGAUGGCAUCCUCACGCUCAAUGUUGGGUAUGGAGCGGUGAACAAGACGCUGUCGUACGUGUACGAAACGCACACGAAUCUGAAGACCAAGCUGCACGAUGUCCUUGUGCCCAUCAAGCUGCCCGCUUCCGAUGACGAGAUCCUUAAAGCGGUGGAAGAGAGCAUCGUAGCCGCCACCGCAAAGCAGAUCAAGAUUCGACUCGGCAUCUUUGACGCCAUUUCGAGCAUGCCCGGUAUCAAGCUUCCGUGGGUGGAGCUUGUGCAACUGUUGAGGAAGCACGACAUCCUGAGCUUUGUGGAUGGUGCGCACGCCUUUGCACAAGUUCCGCUCGACCUUCAAGCGGCAGAUCCGGAUUUUUUCGUGUCCAACAUUCACAAGUGGGGCUAUGCGCAUCGAGGUUGUGCAGUGUUCUACGUGCCUAGGCGCAAUCAGCAUCUUCAGCGAUCCAGUCUGCCUACUAGCUGGUCCUACGUAGAGAAUGCGUCAGGGCAGACAAAUACCUGGGCAGAACAGUGGGCUGCAAAUGCGACGAUCGAUCAGAGCUCCUUCUUGAGCGUGGAUGCUGCCUUGACGUUUGCGGAAAAGCUAGGAGGCUACGAGAGGCUUCGACGGUACACGCACGAUCUGGCUCGCAAAGGUGCGCUGGAAGUGGCGAGGGUUUUGGGCAGCGAGCUUCUGGAUCCCAGUGGAGAGAGAACGGCGGCGAUGGUCAAUGUGCGCGUACCCGUUGCGGCACAUUGUACGCAGGGAGAGGUGGACAAGUGGUUUGCGGCUGCUAGACCUUGGUUCUGGAACACGCUGCAGGACGAGUUCAAGACGGCCAUUCCGCUAUACACCUACGACUCGAAGAUCUGGGCCCGCUUCAGCGCUCAAGCUUGGCUCGAAGUGUCCGACUUUGAAUGGGGAGCAAGGGCCCUAAGAGAGUUGGUUCGUCGAGUCAAUGUGGGCGAGGUGAUGUUUGUAGAUGGAAAGGCUGUGGAGUCUUCACCUUCUGCUUAGGUCGAAUCAUACGUUCGAGCUGCUCUCGAGCGUUCGGUGAGGCUUCCCUUGUCGAACAAUCCUUUUGAAUGUCAAUGUAUUUCAUAUGCACGCUUUGUGGUCUUGGAAAUGAUUUUUUUUGG